AGCAGAUGGCGCAUCGCGUGUUUUUUUUUUUGACAAACUCAAAAUUAUUGAAUUUAUUUGAUUUAUCUUCAAUUUAUUAAUUAUAAAGCCGAAAUAACAUUGCUAUAAUGUUUGAAGGUACUUUAUCGAACGUAUUAAUCGUGGAAAAUGAAAGUGGAGAGGUUUUUAUAGUGGAAAAUAAAAAUAGGAAGCCAAAAGUUUCUGAGAAAAAAGUCGAAGAAAAAAUUGAGGAACCAAUUCCUGCAAAAAGGAAUCGAAGAAAACGAUAUGAAACGCGAGCGGAAGUAGAUCUACAAGAUUUAGAUGAUGAUAAGCCAAUAAUCAUAAAACAAGAAAUUAAGAGUGAGCCGCAGGAUGAAUAUGAAGCUCUAGAUGAUAUUCAACCAAAUACGUCUGGAAGUUAUCAAGUCACGUCAGUUUUUAUUGAUCCAGACAAUAGUUUUGAUGCGGACGACGUUAAAGUGAAACAAGAAGUUACUCCGGAAAGUACAGGCACAAGUACAAGAAUUAAAUCGGAAAAUUUUCAAGCUACAUUCGAUGGUAAUUGGUCGUCCGAUGAGAAUUAUGGCGACAAUGGAGAUGACGAUUUUCAAUUUAAUGCACCGGAUGAUGAUGAUGACAAGCCCAAAAAGAAGAGAAUUCGACGAAAAUUAAGUAAAAUCAUGGAUGUACGUGAAAAGAUAUCUAUUGCAAAACAUAAGAAUCGUAACUUGCGUGGACGAAUUGCCUGUCGAUACUGCGAUGUGUUGUUUGCUACAAGAGAAGAGAAAACGAUGCAUGAUUGCAAGUAUCUUCAAUGCGAUCCAAAUAACUUCAUUUGUCGCUUUUGCAGUAAGGAACUGUCUAGAAAAACGUUCAGUAAUCAUGUUCAUGAAGCCCUCGAAUGCCAAUAUUGUGGCCGUAAGAUUUUGAAUCCAAGAAACAUGAAAUUACAUAUUCAAAAGAAGCAUAAAGGCGAGAAAUUUAAGCCACCAAAGGAGAAAAACAUUGAAGAUUAUUUGAAGGAAAAGGAGGAAGAAGAAAAAGCUAUUAUGUCUCGUUUGGAAUCAAUUCCACCAAUAAUUUUGUCUGGAUCUGAUAAAGAUUCUCCACGUAUUAAGCGAUCUCGACAGUUCGAAUGUGAUUUAUGUGGCAAAUUCUUGGUGUCGCUUAGAAGCAUUAGACAUCAUAUGAACUUCCAUUUAGGCAUUUCAUUGUAUGUUUGCGAUGUUUGUGGUGGCAAAUUCUUUUCAAACAAUGGUAUUAAGACACAUUCAUGCAAUAAAAGACGAACUGAUGCAAGGUCUUUCCGUACACAAGACAUGCGAUACUGUAAAUUCUGCGACAAGCGCUUUAACUCGUUCGAUGAAAAUGCAAGUCAUGAAUGUCCUUAUAAGCAUCCGUUUGACAAGACUUUAGUCAUUUGUCGAUGCUGUGGUAAGGAUGUUCGUCGAACUUGGUUUAAUCGUCACAUGGAAUUUCAUUCUGGCAUUGAAUGGACUUGCGAGAUUUGCAAUCGUAAGCUAGCUACUAAACGUGCUCUGAAAAUUCACAUGACCAUGCACACUGGCGAGAGGCCGUUUAAGUGCACAUCUGCAGGAUGCAACGAGAGCUUCGUUACCAGAACUGUACUAAAUUUCCACAUGCGCUAUCAUGGAGAAGCUCAAAAGCUCUUCCGUUGCGAAUUUUGCUUCAAGGAACUAACUUCCGAAUAUAGUCUUAAAGGACACAUUAAUCGUCUGCAUAAGCCAACAUCACAGUGUGAAUUAUGCAAAUUGGAGUUUUCGUCGCGUGAUGUUCUUAAAGAUCACAUGAUAACGGCUCAUGGACCAGCUGUUUGCAAGACUUGUGGAAAAUCAUUUGUUCUUCCCAGAUACUUGAAGAUGCACGAAAAGUUGCACUACACCGAAGAGGAAAAAUUUCCAUGCACGUUCUGCUCAAAGCUGUUCACAUUUAAAAAGUUGAAGCCACACGUAUUUCGCUAUCAUACUGAGCAUUUCGAUCAAUGGAAUAAAACAUUUUAAGGCAUAAUUAUUACAAUUCGAAGCAGUUUUUAUUUGAUUUCAUUUUCUUUAAAUUUUUAUGAAACAUUUACUAUCAUUUUGUGAAUAAAUUUUUAAAUAUUUUUUAUUAGAUUUUUUUCUCUUCUUUUGCGAUAAAAAUAAUAUUAAUUUGAAAAUAAAUUUUGAGGUUCUAUGUAAGGUUCUCUCGAGACAGACUUGGAGAGUUCAUAGUUCUAUGUAAUUAAUAAUGGAAAAUUAAGAAUAAAGAAAAAGGUUUUUAAACAAAUAUUAAAAAUAGUAAUCAAAUAUGUGCGUUAUUAUUCAAGUGUCUAGACUCCUCUUUGCAGAUAGUGACGUUUUCAGUGAUAAGCCAGCAUAUCUUCUAACCGUUACAUAAUUUUUUAAAUUUUCUGCAACGUAAAUUGGCUUUAGAAUUAUAUUUUUGAAACAACUUGAAGUUGGAUACAAAAUUAUUUGUAACGGUAAAAAGUAAAUCAGCAAAAAGAGAGGAGACAUCUGGACAACAACAGCGAGUCAAACAAUGCGAUAACAUCCUACAUAUAAAUAUUAUUAAAUAUCAAAUAAAUCAAACUGAACAGCAUAAAUUGACAUUUAGAACAUCUUCUUCCUUUAUUUUAUUGAUUUUUCCAAAAAAAAGCAUAUCUAUAGGUAAGAAAUCAAAAGAAACUUUAUGCGGUUUAACAUCAUCAUUUUUUUU